AUGUUACAACAGGCCCCAUCAGGGGGUCCUUUGGAACCUGGCACCCUGAAGACAGCCGACACCUCGACGGACUGUACGGAACCGACGGACCCGACGGGGUUGACGGACUUGUCGGAGGAUGCGCGACCGAGCUCGACGAUGGAGACAAAAGAGUCAGUCGCUGCAGCGCCAGCAAGAGGGCUCCGCUUCUGGGCCAUCGUCGCCGCCCUGGCAGCCAGCAAGCUCAUGCUGGCCCUCGAGAUCACCAUCGUGUCCACCGCCCUGCCGACCAUCGUGCACACGCUCGGCAUGGGGUCGAGCUAUGUGUGGGUUUCCAACGGGGCUGCGCUGGCAAGCGCAGCAAUAGCCCCGCCUCUCGGUCAGCUGUCCGACCUCUUUGGCCGCCGCCAUCCCACCUGCCUAUCCGUGCUUCUCUUCGUUAUCGGCGGUAUCAUCUCCGGCGCCGCAGCCUCCGGCCCGCAGCUCAUCGCCGGUCGGGUGGUCCAGGGCCUCGGCGCAGGCGGCAUCAACGUCAUGUCCGCCAUCGUGGUCUCCGACCUCGUCUCCGUCCGGCACCGAGGGAAGUACAUGGCCGUCAUGCUGACCGCCUACCUGCUGGGCGCCGUGAGCGGCCCGUUGUUGGGGGGCGUGCUGGUCCAGGCCGGCGCCUGGCGGUGGGUGUUUUGGCUGCCUGUGCCGUUUGGCGUCGUGAGCUUUCUGGUCUUGGCUUUUUUCCUGAAAGGAAAGGUCAGGGACGCGGACUCGAGCCGUCGCGAACGCCUCCGGCGCGUAGAUUACGGCGGCAACGUCGUGCUGACGGCCGCGACCGGCUCCAUGUUGUACGCCGUCACGUACGGCGGGUCCGAGUACCUCUGGUCCGAUGCCCGGAUCAUCGCCUCGCUCACCGCCGGCGUGCUAGGGCUGGGCCUGUUCUUGCUCCUGGAGCGACAUCUUUCACGCAGAAGCAGCAGCAACAACGCAGUCGAGCCGGUCAUGCCGCUCCGCCUGCUCAACCACCGGGAGGGGGCCACCGUGGCCGCCGGGGCGUUCGCCAGCAGCCUGCUCAGCAACUGGGCCAACUUUCUGCUGCCGGUGUACUUCCAGGGCGUGCGCAUGUCGACGCCCUCACGGGCCGGCGUGCAGCUGCUGCCCAUCGUCGCCGUCGCCGUCCCCGCGAGCAUCGUCUCCGUUGUCUUGGUGAGCAAGCUCGGGCGGUACAAGGUGCUGCACGUGGCCGGGUUCGCGGGCAUGUGCGUCGCGUGCGGGCUGUUCAGCAUCCUGGACGCCGCGUCGGGGGACGAGGAGUGGAUCUUGAUGGAGGUUCUGUUCUCGCUCGGGCUGGGCAUGGUGAUCAACACGUUGUUGCCGGCGUUCCAAGGUGCGGUGGGCGAGAGCGAUCAGGCGGUCGCCACGAGCACCUUCACGUUCGUGCAGAGCCUGGCCAACAUCUGGAGUGUGACGAUGCCGGCCUCGAUAUUCAACAACAGGUUUGGGGCGCUCGCGGGUCGGAUAUCGGAUGAGCAGGUUAGGGCGCAGUUGGGCGGCGGGAGAGCGUACGGGUUCGCGACACGGGCGUUCUUGGAGGGUCUGCAGGAGAAGGCGAGGGUUGAGGUUGUGGAUGUGUUUGGAGAGGCGGUCAGUGGCGUUUGGUAUGUUGCGGCUGGCAUUGCCGGUGUCGCGGCCUUGCUGGCGUGUGCGGAGGGGGAGGUUGUCUUGAGGGAGAAGUUGGAGACGGAUUUCGCGCUGGAGGAGAAGGUUGGUGGUGAGGUUAAAGUUGAUGAAAGAUCCUCUUCCAAGUAG